AUGGAGAAAAAGCUUAGUGAAAAUUCUGAUAAAGACGAGGAAAACAACGCCGGCGACACUCCUCAUCAUGCAUCAUCAUCGGAACCAGGAAAUCCCGAUGAUGCCAUUGCCAAACACGAUGAUCAUGCCAAGGCAGAUUCCGCUGCAGAGGGAGAGGCCACAGAUGAGGUUUCCAAGUGUCCUCUCACCCUCGGCAAGCUUUCGGCAGACGUCGAUUCAUGGAUUGUUGAGACUAUGCUGCACCAGAAAGCAGAUAUCACAGAGAUCCCUGAUUGCGUUGACAAGUUCUUGGAUCUCGUUGAGGAAAAUAUCGUCACGUACGAUGCGGGAGAAGGCAGGCCGAAAUGGGGCGAGGUUCCGGAGCAAGAUUCUUCGUUCCUGGAAUCUGUGAACCGGAUUACAAAGCUCUCCAAGGUGCUGAGUCAAUCUCAAUGUUCCUCGCAGCAUAUCAACGAACGAAGAGAUUCGUUGGCCAACCGUAUCGGGGUCAUGCGUCAGGGGGCCAUGUCGUAUUUGGAGGAGGUGUUCCGGAUGCUCAUGGAAGAAUAUCGAAAUCAAUAUAAAGGCGAAUACGAGUUGAGUGGUUACGAUCCGAAAGGGGAACAGGUAGAACAUGACAGUUCCGCACCGCCGGACUCUGAGCAUUCUGAUUUUCCGGGUUAUUCUGAGGAAACCAUAACCAGCUUGAACAGGAUAGCCGGGGAGAUGAUAUCCUCUGGAUAUGAAUCCGAAUGUUGCCAAGUCUAUAUUAUUUCGAGGAGGAAUGCAUUCGAAGAGAGGCUGCAUAAGUUAGGGUUCGAGAAAAUCAGCAUUGACGACAUUCAGAAACUGCCAUGGGAAUCAUUAGAGAAAGAGAUCCCGACGUGGAUUACAACCUUCAAGGAAUGCGCCUGUAGUUACUUCCCCGGCGAACUGAAGCUCGUGGAAUCUGUGUUCAAAGAGCACCCAUCGAUAGGGGCGGGCCUCUACAGCAACCUAACUCGCGGCGUCGUCAUACUGCUUCUCAAUUUCGCCGAAGGAGUGGCCAUGACGAAGCGCUCCGCCGAGAAGCUAUUCAAAUUCCUCGACAUGUGCGAGACCUUGGGGUUGGUGAUUUCCGCGUUGAACCGUCUACUCACGGAUGAACGUGGGGGUGAGCUCAAGGCCGAAACGGCGUCGGCGAGAAACAGACUCGGAGAGGCUGCGAUAAGCAUAUUCUGUGAUCUGGAGAAUUCAAUCAAAGCGGAAGCGGGAAAAACUGCGGUUCCCGGCGGAGCGGUUCACCCACUGACUCGCUACGUCAUGAACUAUCUCCCGUACGCUUGCGAGUACAAGGACACUUUAGAGCAGGUUUUCAAGGAGCACGCAAAGCUUCAGGGCGCUGCCUCGGCUAGUGGAUCACACCACCAACAUCAGGAAAAUGAUCGAGGCGAAGGGAAGGAGGAGUCGCCGUUCGCGGAUCAGGUGAUGAGGGUGAUGGAAUUGUUGGACGCGAGUCUGGAAGGGAAGGCGAAGCUGUACAAGGACGUGUCACUGGGUUGCAUCUUCAUGAUGAACAACGGGAGGUACAUACUGCAGAAGAUCAAAGGGUCGUCGGAGAUAUACCAACUGUUGGGGAACACAUGGUGUCGGAAGAAGUCAUCGGAUCUCAGGGCGCAACAUAAGAACUACCAAAGGGAAUCAUGGAGUAAGAUAUUGCGUUGUCUGAACCCUGAAGGGUUGACUGUGAGCGGAAAAGUGCAGAAGCCAUUGCUGAAGGAGAGGUUCAAAAGUUUCAAUGCCAUGUUCGAUGAAAUACAAAAGACGCAGAGCUCGUGGAUUGUGAACGACGAACAACUUCAGUCAGAGCUGAGGGUUUCGAUAGCGGGACUGGUCAUUCCGGCGUACAGAGCGUUUGUGGGGAGGUUUUCUCAGAAUUUGACCGCAGGGAGACAAACAGAGAAGUACAUAAAGUACCAGCCUGAGGAUAUAGAGGCUCACAUCGAAAACCUUUUUGCUGGGAACCCCCAGUUCAUGUCUAAAAGGAAGCUAGUGUAA